UGAUUAUUACAAUGUUGUGAAUUUGUACAUCAUCAGAUGCAAUUACAAAAUAUCUAAAUAAGUCUUAAUACUCUGCCGAUAUUUAUUUUCUUACAUAUACCUCAGAUUUUCCAAACACAAUGAAUUUUAAUGUCAUAGCAUUGAAAGGUCAAUUGGGAUAGUUCUUGGGCUUUUACAAACCUGAUGAACUCUACCCUUCACUUCCCUUUACCUACAAAGAGUAGAGAAGGGAAAUGCUUUCCAACGUAACGUGAAGACGGUGAGGAUUGCAGCCAUGCAGGAGAUGGCAUGGCCCAUUUUACGGCUACAGUCUUCACCUUAUUAGGCACAUUGAGCGGUUUUUCGUAGGAGUAUAACGACUUACAAAGAACGUGGCAGGAUUCGGUGGGCUUUGUUGAACGCCGAAACAAGCUCAUCGAGACAUCGACCCUUCCGGAGUCUGCGGUCACCAAUGCUGUGUAUUCGAAUUUUACCAAUGAAACGUUAUGAGGAAGAAGAAGAAUGUAUUAAUCUUCCCGAACAGGAACACCCAUCAAUCCAUCUAUCAUCACCACCACCAAAGCCAACGCCAACGCCAACGCCAACGCCAACGCCACCGCCACCGCCACCGCCACCAACCAGAAAAUCCGGCCGCCGGAGAGGUGGGACGACCAAAGUCAAAUGAGAGAGCAAGAGAUACCUUUUUUCUUCUGCCCGCAAGAGGGCAAGCUGACCUGACACCCACAAUCCCACCGCUACCCGCUCCGUGAAUAGCAUUUUUAUUUUGGUGUCACUUUUUUAUUUGAAUUUUGACGUCUCUCCUUGCUUUGAUUCGACUCCAUCAAAAGAAACCGAAAGAGGGAAGUGGAGGGAGGGGGGGAAAAUGGCUCAGGCAGAAAAGGAGAAAACUGCAAUCAUCAAUGCAGCCCCAGAGGAAAACCAGGAGAGCGAGGGAGAGAAUGACCCUGGCCUCUCCCCAGUCGAUAGGGAGCUUCCAACUCCGCUUACUGUCUCAUCUCGUGUGUUGUUCCUGCUGGGUGACAUAACGGCAGGUCCAGCUUAUCGAUUCACUCAAUGGUUGGAGUUGGUUCGUGAACGCAGCGCGAGACACCCGUCUUCUAGCUUUCCCAAACACCUUUCUAGACUUGAAGCUAUGCCAUCAAGUGCAGGGGAGUCAGUUGCUGACUCCAAACACUCGGUGCCUUGCAAUGAAGGUCCAGAUAUCACUUUGUGGGAAAGACUUGGAAAGGCUGCCAUGCUAGACAUCGAAUCAAGUGAAUUUUCUUGGGACAUGCUGGCUUCACUACACCAUACUGGUUACAGUAAUAGUGCAGAACAAGCUGAGGAUGAAACGAAUAAAGCUCUCGAGGUUACUGUGAAUUCUGGGGGCAUUGUUUUCUUUGCUCUAUUCAACAGACCUGAUAAUUGUGAUUUGGUCACAAAAGAAGCAGCAGCAGUCAUAAAGAUAUCAUCUUCAAGGAUGGCAACACAGUCAGAACGCCUUGGUUAUGAAUUUGCUAAAUGGCUAGGAGUCCGCACUCCACAAGCAAGAGUCAUUCACAGUUCUAACCCAGAAUGGCAGCUGAUCAAGGAUGCAGCAGAAAAAGCAAGGGAUAUUGCAUUAUCAGAGAGAGACGAAGUUGGUGAAGUUACAUGUUCAGAGCUGUUGGAAGCUCUUGAAUUGAGCCGGUGCCUUCUUCUGAUGAAUUAUGUGCAUGGUUCUCCUCUGCUUCAAAGCUCAGAUGCAUUUGACUGUCAGGAAGCAGCUGAAAGAACAGCAGCAGCCCUUGGCGGGAUCUUGAUGUUGGACCUUGUCAUCAGAAACGAAGAUAGGCUCUCUUGCCGCCAUCUUGGGUGGCGAGGAAAUUCUGCAAAUUUACUAUUUACUGACACGGCGACUUUUUCAAAUCUAGAUGCAUGGGAGGAAGCCUUUGAUUCUGCAAACCGUCGGUACAGGCCAAGGGUAAUCAGGGCUCUUCAGAAAGAAAGAAGGGUCAAAUCAGCAGAUGUCAAAUUAAGCCCUCAUAACCAUGAAUUAAUAUCUCAAAGCUCAGAUGUUUCUGAUCUUAUGGACUCGCCAAAUUCCAGCAACAUGAGCCUAAUAAGCCCGUUCUCUGCUGAAGCAAAGUUCAGUGAUAUGCAUAUAGUUGCAAUUGAUUCUGGCAUUCCUCGCCGACCUCCUGCUGGUAAACGUGCAAACGACCAAGCAAACUACCCUAAGCUAGUUGAGCUUUUACUCAAUAGUGCAGAGUACUCCUCUAGCCUCCUAUAUGAGAUAACAGGAGCAAAACUUGGAUCUCCUUUAUCAGACGAGGCUGAUGCACCUACUGAUUCAUCUUACUCUGACACCACUACAAUUGUCCACGAAUUCCGAAGAGGGUUUCGUGCAGCUCUCAGGGACUUGCAGGGAUUUCAUAUAUUCCUUCUCACGCUUCAUCAAAAAUUGGAUAGCUUGUUGCGAGUUUUUUUAGCUAUUAUGAAUAAAAGUUCAUCGGGAGAUUUCGACAGGGAUGAUUCAGGGGUUCCUGAGUCCCCUGGAAGUAAGGAACAGUCUAAUAAUGAAAUACCCGCAGAUUUGACUGAUUUGGAAUCACAGAGAACAGCUCUGAGGACAUCUACUCCUGGAUAUAAAGAAAAUGACUGUGCUUCUUCCAUCUCACGGGAAGGCUGGCAUGGAAAGUUCGGCAAAGGGAGUGUAGACCCUCUUCAUAGCCUGCGCCUGACUGUUAAAUUCCGUGACUUCAAUAAAUUUGCUAAGUUUGAUGCAGAAUUGAACAAAGAAUUGGAACACUGGAAUGAGUUACUCAGAACAGAUGCCAUUAGACUGUGUCAGGACAACAAUUUUAAUCCAGGGUUUUUUGAGGGGAGUGAUACUAAUAGUGUUGUUGAUGCUUAUGAAUUAAAGGUCCGACUGGAGCACAUCCUCGAAAGAAUAAUGAUGAUAUCUGAUGCUGCCAAUACAGAGAAGCCAUCUUCAAUCACAUAUAACCUGUUUAUUGGUGGAGCUUUGGCUGCAAGAUCUGCAUAUACACUACAACAUUUGGGCAUUACACAUAUACUUUGCUUGUGCUCAAAUGAAAUUGGGCAAUCAGACUCUCAGUAUCAUGACCUUUUUGAAUACAAGAAUUUCUCUAUCAGUGAUAAUGUGGAUACAAAUAUCAGCAGUAUCUUUGAAGAAGCUUCUUAUUUUAUUGAUCAUGUGGAGCAGUCAGCUGGGAGGGUUCUGGUUCACUGUUUUGAAGGGAAGAGUAGAAGCGCCACAGUGGUUCUUGCUUAUUUAAUGCUGAGGAAGAACUUCACUCUUUCAGAAGCAUGGAAUCUCCUGAAAAGGGCUCACCGCCGUGCCCAGCCAAAUGAUGGUUUCGCAAAGAUGCUUUUGGAUCUUGAUAAGAAACUACAUGGGAAGGUUUCAAUGGAAUGGCAACGGCGAAGACCAAUGAUGAAGGUGUGCCCAAUCUGUGAGAAGAAUGUGGGCCUUAGUAGCUCCUCACUCAAACUUCAUCUACAGAAGGCGCACAGGAAGCUCUCCUCAGGAAGUGUGGAUAGUGCUAUGUCAAUGGAAAUACAGAAGGUAUUGAACACACUCAAAUUUAGCCGCAGCGGGAGUGUCAGUCAGCGGGAGGUCAGUCCAACUCAGAAGCAGUCCCAUUCAAUGGUUGAUGGAUUUGAUUAAUAGCUUUGUUGAUUUCAAUUUGAGAUUUUUAAUGCUAUAUGAUUUUUCCAGCUACUGCAUUGACAGUUUAACAGAAUUCAAGUUGAAUCUGAUCAACACAGCAGUCUCGUUAAUGAUGAUGAACAUCAGUUCUUGCAGAAGUUUGCCAAUGUGGGAAGCUAUCUCUAUCUGAAGACAUUUCAGAAGCAAAUUUAUGAACAGCCGCUUAAAGUUGUUGUAAAUUUGUAAUUGACUAGUUGGUGCCGUGUCCGAUGUGGGAUCGAACGGCAUAUUGUAAAUUUCUUGGUCUAUGUUUAACACUUUAACUAGUGGGAUAAAACGGCAGAUUUUGUAAAUAAAUAAAUAAUUCUUGAAUGCUGAUGAACUUUCCACCA